ACUCACAGUCACAGCACAGACACAGAGCCACCGUCUCUGCCGUGAAUCAUUCAUUUGGCGGUAUAAAGCAUUGGUGUCGGGCGGCGGAUGGUGCUGGUGAAGCCUGUGAUGCUGAUGAUGAUGGACGGACAGCACAGCCGCUGUAAGGUCGUGGUGGUCGGGGACACGCAGUGUGGAAAGACGGCGCUGCUGCAUGUAUUCGCCAAGGACAACUACCCUGAGAAUUAUGUGCCUACGGUGUUUGAGAACUACACAGCGAGUUUUGAGAUCGACAAGCACCGCAUUGAGCUGAACAUGUGGGACACAUCAGGCUCCUCGUAUUAUGAUAACGUGCGGCCGCUGGCGUAUCCAGACUGCGAUGCUGUGCUCAUCUGUUUUGAUAUCAGCAGACCAGAGACGCUGGACAGCAUCACUAAGAAGUGGCAGGUGGAGGCUCAGGAGUAUUGCCCCAAUGCAAAGCUGGUGCUGGUCGGCUGUAAGCUGGAUAUGAGAACAGAUGUUAGCACCUUAAGGGAACUGUCCAAACAGAGACUCAUACCUGUCACUCAUGAACAGGGGAGUCUCCGAGCACGAGAGUUGGGCGCAGUUGCUUAUGUGGAGUGUUCAUCCCGAAUGUGUGUAAACAGUGUACGGGACGUCUUUCACAUCACCACACUGGUGUCGGUAAGACGUGAACCUGCCCCAAGCCUGAAAAGGAGCACCUCGCGCCGCACUCUCAAACGCAUAUCCAAUCAGCCUUUGCUGCCAGUCACCUCACAAGCCACGCCCCUCGAAGCCACACCCACCCUCAGGGAGGACAGAGCCAAGAGCUGCACCAUCAUGUAGUAGACCAAUGCUCUACAUCAGUAUAAAACAGACAGAUUCUCCAAACAUACGAGACAUUGAGGCUCAUACUGAGGCCUACGGGACUGUACAGCUGUGUGAAUACAUUAUACAGAGGAGCUCUAUUUAUUAACUUCAAGUUUGCUUUUAUUUUUAUCAUUGUGGUAUGACUUAGCAGACCUAAGUGUGUAAAGCAGAUGCAAAGGAAUAAUAAUAAAACAAUGGUUUGGGA